UGUAGCCCAGGUCUUGCUGUGUAGCCUCCUAGUCACAGUCCUCCUGCCUCAGCCUCCUGAGUGCUUCAGUUAUAGGCACGUGCCUUCAUGCCGGGCUUCACGCAAACAGGAGAAGGAUUUCUGGAUUUUGUAUGGCCACAUGUUUUCAUAACAUAUGUUUCACUUCGAUGCACUCUUGUAGAGCCUAAGUUGGUUCAAAAUUAUUUCUAAAUGAAGAUUAAAAUAACUGAAAUAUCUAAAACAAUGGUGUGUGAGUGGAGCCCAAAGGUUAGGAAAUGAAAUCCCCUUCAUAGUUUUUAUCUGUUCCUGUCCCAGACAGUGACAGCGUCUAACAGAAAGCUGAUUUUCCCUAUUGAUGCCUCUUACUGCACGUUAACUCUCCCGCCGCAAUCCCCUAGGCAACAAAUGAAGCAUUGUGAAAUCUCUUCUAGUCCUCUCAAUGAGCAAUCAGACAGUCUUUAAGACAAUAAACUUUGUCCAUAUUGCACUGAUUACACUCUUUUAUGAAAAUGACUAAAAACAAUGAAUUAGAUUUUUUCCUUUCUGGCUACAGUAAGAUAAUCAUCAGAGCCAUAACAGGGGACAGUGGGCCUGGAAUCCGGGCCCCUGGCGCCUCGGCUUUCUUGGAUGAGGGAGAGGGGUGGGCACCGGGACGCGGCCCAGGCGCUGAUGAAUCCGAGCUCUUGAGCCAGCAUGGGCCACUGUCCUCAGUACCCAGGGAGGGCUGCUUGCGGGCCACCUCGGAUACCGGCAUCUGAGACGUGCGGGUCUCUUGUAGGAAAGCGUGUCGUGUUUGCGUACCACUGUGCUCACGCUUUGCGCUGCGCUGCUUAGAGGGUGGUGGCGAGAAGACGGCACGCACGUGGGACACAGAUGCUCUUUUUUUCUGGCCGCAGACCCCCAGAAUGUGUUCUUCUAAAAAAUAGUUUCAUGUACAGAAUAAUCAGUGGACAUUUCGAAGUUUCGAAUAAAGGAUGCUGCGCUGCUCCCCUCUGGCCUCAGCCCCAUUUCCGUGGCAGAUCCGCGUGAUGGUGGACCUGUGCAACAGCACCAAGGGCAUCUGCCUCACAGGAGUGGGCUUGUGGAGAGACCUUUGCACCCUGAUGUUGGUCAUCAUCACACGUGGUCUGGAGAAAAGAAAAGGAGCCCAACUUCUGGCAACUUCUCAUGUGACAACCGCACUGGCUUGUGUGCAUGCUCAAGCGACACACAGACUCCCUGACGGACCGCCUGGCCCCCCAGGACCUCCGGGAGUCAGUGGACUACCAGGGCACAAUGGAUCAGACGGACAGCCUGGCCCCCAGGGCCCAAAAGGCGAAAAAGGAGCGAAUGGAAAAAGAGGAAAAAUGGGCUUGCCUGGAGCCAUAGGAAAUCCAGGGGAACAGGGAGCAAAGGGAGACCCUGGUGAGCUGGGCCUGCCUGGAAACAAGGGCCCACCAGGGCCGAAGGGAGAGAAGGGAGACAAAGGAGAUGUGUCCAACGAUGUGCUGCCGGCAGGUGCCAAAGGCGACCAAGGCCCCCCUGGCCCACCUGGGCCCCCAGGCCCUCCAGGCCUGCCUGGGCCCCCUGGAGGCAGAAGAGCCAAGGGCCCUCGGCAGCCAAACACAUUCAACCGCCAGUGCUCAGGUGAGACGUGUGCCGUACCCAAUGAUGACACCUUGGUGGGAAAAGCUGGUGAGAAAAUCAGUGAACAGCACUCCCCACAAGCAGAAUCCAUGAUUGCUUCCAUUGGAAACCCCACGCAAGUACUGAAGGUGACAGAGACGUUUGGGACGUGGAUGAGAGAGUCUAACAGGAGUGAUGAGCGGAUCUGGGUGACUGAACACUUUUCAGGCAUCCUGGUGAAGGAGUUCCGGGACCGCGCCUCGCUCCUGAACGGCAGCUACUCGUCCACCCUGCUGCCACACUACUUCCACGGCUGCGGGCAUGCGGUCCACAACGGCGCCCUCUUCUACCACAAGGGCGGCUCCAACACCAUCGUGAGAUUCGAAUUUGGCAAAGAAACAUCCCAAAUGCUGAAGCUGGAGAACGCCUUGUAUUUUGAUCGGAAAUACCUUUUUGCCAAUUCCAAGACUUACUUCAACCUAGCUGUGGAUGAAAAGGGCCUCUGGGUUGUCUACGCAUCCAGCGUGGACGGCUCGAGCAUGGUGGUCGCACAGCUGGAGGAGAGGACAUUCUCUGUCUCACGGGUCAUCAACACCACGUACCCCAAGUCCAAGGCCGGCAACGCCUUCAUAGCUCGGGGCGUCCUGUACGUCACAGACACCAAGGACAUGAGGAUAACAUUCGCCUUCGAUCUGUUAGGCGAGAAGCAGAUCAACGCAAACUUUAAUUUAAGGACUUCCCAGUCCGUGCUUGCCAUGCUGUCGUACAACAUGCGAGACCGGCGUCUGUACUCAUGGGAGGACGGUCACUUAAUGCUUUACCCUGUGCGGUUCCUGUCGGCCACGCUAAACCAGUGACGUGCUGCUUCCUGUCUCCCGCAGCACCUGGCGGAUGUCCUCUGGGGCCAUCGCUGCCACCACAGACAUGGGUGCUGCAGGGUAGCGGGAAGCUUAGAACAGGUCCCGUGGCAUGAGCACAUGUGGUCAGUGGGCCCCUCAGGAGCAGUGCUUAGCGAGCUGGCAGCAGCCGUACGUAGAGAGGGUUGCAGUUCGGUGUCCGGCAGGUGAGUGCCCUCCCUUGGGCUUUGGCUUCCCUGCUGGUGACAGAAGCCUCUGGCUAAGAUGACAGUGCGAGUCCCUGCUCGGAGGAAUUCUGUGACUCUUGGCUGUCACCAUUCUCACGACUUUUACAUGUCUGUUCUAUUUUGUUUCUUUAGCCACAAAUGAGCAAGUCCUUUGACGGCAGCGAUGGGCCCGCUGUCAGAGCACUAACGCCGGCGCGAGCGGGCGUUGAUGUGGCCAGGCCCAGGGCCAGCCACUUUUCGGAGUUGAGGCACCUUUGUGGUUAGUGUCUAGGACAAGGCUGGGCAGACUGGCUCUGGGGCCAGAGCGGCCCACGGCCGUUGUUGUGAAUAAAGUUUUAUUGGCACCUCGUCACGCUCGCGGGUGUUCAGACCAUAAUCCGUGCUCCUGCGUGACAGCAACAGCAGUGAGUGGUGGCAACAGAGACCGCAGGGUACCACACUCCAGAGGCCAGAGUGAGCCUGACUCGAGGUGGCCUCGCCACAGCCGGCUUUGUUUUGUCCCGACCAAGAUGAGGUGUUCGGGGUGGCCGUGACCUGGCGGUGCAGCAGGCAGCCAGCCUGGACAGGACGCAGUGUGACGCUUCCGAGCACACUUCCGAGGGCGCACCUCCUGCCGGCACAGUUCCUCAGACCCCCUCAGCCCAGCGCUGAGCUCCAGACAGAGCACAGCAGGGCUGGGAGCUGACUGCGGCCCUGUCAGCAUCUUGUGCCAGUGUGCGUGCAGGACUUUCCCUACUCUGCGUCCUGGUUUGUGCCUUGGAAAUCUCCAGGGCUGUGCGGAUGGAAUAUUAAAUAUUAGAUAUUAAAUGUCUUUCUCCCUGAAAAUACCCAGGCAGCCGUUGAUGUGUUUGCUCUUGAGUUCUCCAGAUAGUGGGCAUUUACCCCCUCCAUACUUUUUAAUUAGAGAUAUCACAUUACCCAGUUUUAAAAAUACUCUUUUCAGAUCCGUGGUUUGCAUGAAGUAAACGCCUCCUGUUUGGUGUUCUUCCAGACAUUAAAUGCAAGUGCUGCUGUCUCACACAGCAGAGCUAGGUGUCAAUACAGUUUCCUAACAACUAAUUGUGUAUGUAUCUAUCGCAGCGACCAAACAGUUUAGUUAUUGAAUUAGCAAACAUUCCUUGUAUUCCUUUUAGAAGAACAUUUUAAAGGCACAAGUAUUUGUGUGUGUGCGUGCGCGGUACCAGGGAUCAAACUUGGGACCUUGUGCUUGCGAGGCCAG